AUGGUUGGGAUUGGCUUUGAGAAAGGAAAAAAACAUUUUGUCUCUAUUCGAGAGCAAUUGUGUCUUUCAUGUUCAUCAUGUGCAUGCUGUGAUGCUUUACGAAAUAAAAUUGAAUUAGAAUAUUUGACAUUGAGCUCAAAGACGGAUCAAUUCAAAUGUGACAAUGAACUUUUACAAUGUUUACUAGCCGAAUGUAAAUAUUCGUAUGAACAACAAUAUUUGUUAUUUAGUCAAAAUGAACAGUAUCUCAUUGAAUAUGAACAAACAAGUCGAUUACAAACCGAUUUAAUUCAAGUUUUUGAACAUUUAGUUGAUCUACUAGAGGCGAAUAGACGAAAUCAAAAACGUGAAACAAUACCUGGAGCAACAACAACAACAGAAAAAUAUUCGCCGAAGGGAUCACACUACGUUGUAAAAAUAUAG